GAACAAUCACUUCCGGAAAAAAUGUAAACAAAAACCUCCCAAACAAAAAGGCUUGCUACCAGUUUCGUCAGAUAUUUUAGAUGUUAUUUGGUGUGAUUAAGGAUUGACGUUUCUAGAUCUCAUUGAAUUUAUAUCUGUACAUUCUUAUAUUUCAAUAUAGGUUAUCAAAUCGAAAGCGGCACUAGCUGACGGCAGGUACUUAUAUAGGUAACAGGCCGAUCGCGAGGUGGACUGACUUUUGAAUGACGUGGGGUAACUAAGUGUAUGUAUAACUUACUCUAAACAAUGUACCGGCGCUAUUUGGAUAUACUAAAGACUUUCAUUUUCGGAGACACCGCUACACCGACCGACGAUGGACUUGAGUCAAAGAACGAAAAAGAAGAAAGCGCUCGUGAGAGUAAUGGACAGAAUGCAGAAUCAAUUAUAUCGGACGAGGUCCGGGCGAUAUGGGAGAAUGAACAGCAGAGAUUGAAGACAAAUGUGAUCGACUCAGAUGCAGAUGUUGUGAAGCAGAUGCGACGAGCUAGAGAACACGACCAGGAGGGCAUACGACGUCAAUUUUACCUUGGAGGUGUGGACAUCUCAUUUGUAAAGGGUGAUAAUGUUAAUGCCUGUGCUGCAUUAGUAGUGGUCAGCUUUCCAGGUCUAGAGGUUGUUUAUGAAGAUUAUGAGAUGAUCAAAUUGACUGCUCCGUAUGUGUCUGGGUUCCUAGCAUUUAGAGAGGUGGAUUUUAUUGUGGCUUUGUAUAGAAAAGUCGAGAAGAAUGACCCGGAACAUACACCAGAUGUCAUUCUUGUGGAUGGUAAUGGGAUUCUACAUCAUCGCCAAUUCGGGCUGGCUUGUCAUCUAGGUGUGAUUUUGGACAUCCCAUGUAUAGGUGUAGCAAAGAAGUUGUGUCAGGUUGAUGGUUUAGAAAAGGACGAAGAACAUUUAACCAAGAUCAAGGAGCUGAAUAAGGGAGGCGAUAUGUUCCCACUGAUUGGUGACUCAGGGAGAUGUUUAGGAAUGACUCUAAGGAGUCAUGAUACGAGUACCAACCCCAUCUAUGUCUCCACGGGACACCGUAUCUCUCUGGACUCGGCGACAUGGCUGGUCCACCAGUGCUGUAAAUACCGAGUACCAGAACCUGUCAGACUGGCAGAUGUCAAUUCCAGAGAAUACCUGAGGAACAAUUUUAAAGCAGACAAACCAUCAGAUCCAAUCAAUGAUGUUUGAAGACAGCUUGAUAUAUAGUGGUUUAAAUUAUUUUUUUCAUAAGACAUUAUUAACUUCAUUUGUACAGCCUCUAAUUUUAGAUGAUUUAAUUUUGUUUACAAUUAUACAUUUAGAUCAAGUGAAAUGUUUUGAAAAUGUCAAAAGCACAUAAAAGUCAUCUAAAAUUGUUUCAAAAACAUACUUCGGUCAAAAUGUUAUCCAUGGACUAUCUAUGAUAAGAUUUAUGGAGUUUUAGAGUGCACAAGCAUGCACAGAGAUGAUUUUUCUCUCCAUUUAAAAUCUAUAAUGAGGUAAAAUGACUUUUUAAUGGACAAUUAAGAAUUUCUUAAUACUUAAUUGACAUUUCAGUCUAAUUUUUAUUAGGUCACCUGAGAUGACGUCCAUAAACAAUUUACAUUUUCGACUUCUCCAAAACCGCUGAACCAAAUUCAAUGAAAUUUGGCGGAAAGCUUAUAUGGCUAACGGUCAACCAAAAUUGUGAAUUAUAAGGUACCCACCCCCCAGGGGCCUGAGGGGUGGGGCCAAAAAGGUUCAAUUAGACUAAAACUUCUUCUCUACUCUCAGA